CUUUAAUACCUGUAGAAAAGCAGACACGCCAAAACAGAUCAAUAGACAUUCCAUGGCAAAGUGUUUCGGCGUUGGAUGAAGCCAGAGACUUGUACGAAAGAACAUUUAACAAAGGCAAUACAUGUGCCCCCUGCUGGGAAUACCAGCAAAGGGCGACGAAGGUUUGUGGAAAAGGGAGAGCAGAAAAGGGCAGUAGAGCGAGGGGAAUGCCUGCCAAGGCCAUGCUGGCUCUCGCGGCUGCUGAUGGAACCAACGAAUUCGGAUUAGCUAGGUUUCGAAAACAAGUACAUAAAAAAUGACGUCAAGUAGAUUGACUGUAUAAUUCCUACGUAUUCGUUG